AAGUUAUGUCUCCGUUCAGCGAGAUAAUGCAAGAGAGAUCAACACCCGAACAUGAAACCAGUUCCAACGCUUGCAAUGUUUCAACGCCACUCGACCAAAGUGACGUCGUCGAAGCGAAUGACCCACUGAAUUCUACUGAAAAUUCUGAAUUGUUGAACAAAACCAAUGACGACAGCCAUGAUCUUAAUGGUACUACUGAGACGAAUCAUCCUCCUGAGAGGCGUGGAUCAUCAAGCGUUGAGAAGGAAAACUCAUGGCUUGUUCGCUUAUCUUGUGGCCUUUACGGCAAAAAGGAUGCGAAUGAGGAAAAGAAUUCAAACAAACUGGAAUCAAAUGUACAAGAAUUUAGCGGCAUUAGCUGGUACAAAGACCAUCCUCUUCAGAAAGCAGUUGAGGCUCGCCAACAAGAUCACGGCCGAGUACUACGCCACAAAUUAACCCAGUCGUGGCUCCUGAACAAGUUUAACUACGCCCGAAAAAUCCUGUAUCCCUACCUGUUCCUCGACUUCUUAACUGCCGUCUGCGCCACACUGCUACUAUCCUGCACUUG